AUGGCCAACAAUCUCGGAUAUCUGGCUCGUGGCUUGGGUAUGGCUUGGUGGCUCGAGCGGGAAUUCCACGUAAACGCCACCAUUGUGUUGCGCCACCAGAACCAUGACAAAUGGAUACGGGCGUACCAGGAUGUGACCCGCUGUUUUCCCAACGUACGCGACUGGAGCUUUACCGCCGGGAAUACGGAUGCGGUUACUCGGGAACUCCAAUCUUCUCCACCACUGAUCGUGACCGGCAGCGUGGUCCCACAACGGCGCGUCGUGUACGCCCUCGAACCCUACAAUGAGACGCUCCAGUCCUUUUUGACUUUGUACAACGAGAACCACACCCGUAUGGCAGAAGGAAACGGCCAUGUCAGUAUCCCGUUUCUUACAACGAAGGCCAUGAGCUGUAACGACCACAUUUUGGACAAGUACUAUGAAGACUUUCGCAGAAUCUACCGCUUUGACGAAAGCUGUUGCAUAGAUAGACCCGAUGAGGACGAAUCUGUAUAUCAUUUUCGCAAUUUUAUUGGCGAAAUGCCGAAAAACACCAAACGCUUGGGUUUCGAAGAACUCGCCCCUGACGCCGUGGCGAAUCAGCUCUUUGCGCACUUGCAUGCGGGCGACAAAGUAGCCAUAGCGUCGCGCUUUGGUGAAGAUUUCCGUACGCAAAUGCUGGUGCGGGCCUUUGCCCGACGAGGGAUCCUUGCCCGAGUGCUGGAACCCCGCUCGGGUGUGGCGGACUUUUGCUUUUUGUUGCACGCCCAGAAAGAGCUCGUGGGAACCGCCCAGUCCACGUAUUUCAUGUGGGCUGGUAUUCUGGGAAACGCCCGUCGCGUGCGAGCGUACUCGGUCCGCACUCCGGAAGGAAACAAUUUGGUCCACAACAGCAAUUGGACUCAUCCGGACCUCCAACGCCGGUUUCAGUUUGAGCUCUACAGCGUCAACUCUAGCGCCACCGACCUACUGAACCCCAACGCAACCCUACGCACACUUUAG